AUCCUCGCGUCCGGCCAAGCAUCCGUGUUGCCUCCAGACGACGGAGCCAGCAGCACAAUAGACGGAUCUCCCUCGAGGUCGGAGCAUCGACGGAGAUCCGCACAUAGCCGUAACCUUGAAUUCAAGACAGUCUUCUUGACCGGCCCGUGACAGAGCAUGGCCAUCUGCGUCCGCAUCCGCAUCCGCCUGCGCUCCAGCUCCCGAAUCCAUGGAUGUCCAUGCUCCGCGAGACAACUAACAAAGCGACAAACGGCGAAUUUUAUCGCCUGAGAUCUGAGACCUGCCAACUACAAAGCAUGUCUAGACCUGCUGCUGCCACAGCCAAGCCUAGCCUGGUGAGACGACGGUUGAGAAGUUGCGCUGGUGCGGAGCGGCGCAUUGGUAUUGAAGAGCAGCGAGACCGGCAGGCAAACUCCGCUCUGACUGACUCCGCCCUUUGGCGCAUCGCGUGUCGCGUGGCUCGAGUUCUAGUUGGACUGAGACCGAGGAUCCUACAAGCAGACAUGGUGUGUGGCUUCAACUUUACGUGCUUAGCGCCGGUCGUAUCACUACGGCGACUACAGCGACGGCAUGCCACGCAAAGCUCAAUGCAAAACGAGGGACGCCACACGCGAUGUCGUUACCGACCACGCGAUUCUCGUCGUGGGAAGGAAGUACCCGGUGGUGCGACUGAGACAAGAUUUACGAGCGCCGUCUUUGCAGUCUGAAUGACCAAGCUAAGAGCGCAGCAGUAGACACGACGGAGCUCGGUAAGGCGUUGUUGAGAAGCUGCGACGCGUCAAUGACCGAGGUCCUACGGAGCUCUGGCGAGCCCAAGCCCGCGCCAGCCAUUACUACCACCUCCACCGCCGUCGCUGUGGUCGUCUUUGGCCGUCGAAUUGAAUUGAUCGACCGUCCCGCAUUGGACCCCCAGCAUCGGGUCGCUUCCUGC